AUGGCUCGUCUGAUUUAUGCCCUGCUUACAACUUUUGUAAAUAACAAGAACUUCAAUAUUAUGUAUGUAAAAGUACUGUACACGGUUGUUUUGUCGGCGCUCCCAGAGUUUGUCGUUGCCUUCGUCUUCCUUCUCACCGGGGUUCACCAUUCCAAGCAGGCGAUAUAUCAGCAAAGAUCACUCCUAAUUCGACAGCGCAAUGACGACCACCAGUGGAAUCGUGUUUCAGAAGAGCAGCAUCCACUCUACUACUAUCAGUAUAUCCCCAUCAAGAGGUAA